AUGACCAAGAGCGAUGAUUCGAAACCCUCAAACUAUCGAUUCGCCAGAGCUGAAACGCUGGAGCACGCCGUUCUACAAGACGAAGCUCCACUUAAAGGUGGCGCGGUUCAGCCUGACUGGUAUCCCCACUUCGCCAGGCCGGCACUUCCUGCACGCAACAGACUGCCACGAAAACGUAUUCUCGUUCCCUGGCUCCUGUGUACAAUAUUCUUCCUCAUCACCCUCUGGUUUACGUCAAUAUUGGUUGGCGCACGGUUCUUGUCGAUCGUCAGACCAAGCCUCGUUGCACAAGAGAUCCACAUCUACAUUGAUGGAGAGUUAUUCGAGGCGGAGGCGACGUCUCAAGGAUCCCAUGCCGCUGCAACUUCUUCCGCCCCGAUGCCAAGCCCAACAACACCCAACAUAGGCAAUGAUCUGGGGAGAGCUUCCUCCGACAUUGGGGGCAGGAUUGCACCGGCGCCUACGGGUUUCGUAACGAUGACCACGAGAGCGAGAGCCUGA